AUGGACCUGGAGGUUGUUUCAGCCAAAAUACUGUCUGAGUGGAGCAGUUUGGGAGACGAUCAGGACUCGCUUCAGUCCACCUCACCGGAGUCCUCGAUUGACUCCAUGUGCUCUUCGCCGGAGAUGUGCUGCUCCAGCGGCCAUCAGGAGGUCAAUGAGUUCCCUUUCGGCUUCGCGGAACGCAGAUCAACUCCAACGGCGCAGAGGCUGAGCAAGCCCAAGAUGUCCACCAAAAGACGCAUGAAGGCCAGCGAGAGGGAGAAGAUGCGGAUGAGGAGUCUUGCAGAGGCUUUGCACCAGCUUCGUGACUACCUGCCGCCGGACUACAGCAAAAGAGGACAACCUCUAACCAAGAUACAAACCCUCAAAUACACAAUUGAAUACAUCAAUAAGCUUUCAGAUAUCCUGAGCCGCGCGUAA